CGACCUGUCCGCGGAGGUGGCCUUGUUGUCACGCAACAUCAAGAUCCAAGGGGAUCCGAGUUCAGAGAUGGACUCGUGGGGAGGACAUACGAUGGUCGCCUUUGGCGGGAUCUAUCGCAUCGAGAACGCCGAGUUCUACCGCUUGGGCCAGCAGGGCGAGAUGUCGAGGUAUCCUAUCCACUUCCACAUUUCGCAGGACUACGGGAAGAACUGCUACGCACGUUUCAACUCCAUUCAUCACAGUUUCCAACGAGCCGUGGCUGUGCAUGGCACCAGCUACGUGAACGUCAAGGGCAACGUGGCCUUCGACGUGGUCGGACACAUGUUCUUCGUGGAGACUGGCAUGGAGAUGCACAACGUGAUUGAAGGCAACUUAGCCGUGGGUGCCAUUCCUUUGCUCAGUGGAAUGCUGGAGAGUGACCAGGAGCCGGCGGGAUUUUGGACCGCAGCGCCCAACAACGUCUGGCGAGACAAUGUCGCAGUCACCGGCUCUGACGGUUGGUAUUUCCAAUUGCCUGGCACGCCGAUCUCUCAGAACAUGGACGUUUACAAGAACACCAUCUGCCCUGUUGGGGACCGCAUCGGAGAGUGGAAGCGCAAUCGCUGCCAUCACUUGGCAGGCAGCUGCAUCCGAAUCUACCUGGUCUGGUUUCCACGCAAGGAGCCUUGCAAGAGCGACAGCGCGGAGAAUCCGCAGAUCUUAUUCAACACCACCUGCUGGAAUGUGGGCAAAGCCUGCUACAACGCCAUGAAGAUGGGCUCGGUGCACAACCACCACAUGACCUCGGUGGAAUCCAAGUCGCAAGACAUCUUCAUUGUCAAGUUCAAGAAAGCAGCGGGUGUGACGCACGGCAACAAGUAUGAGACGGAUUGGAUGAAUUUACCACACAUCAAGGAGUCCACAGGGUCGAGUUGA